AUGGAGAGUUCAACAUUCAACGAUAGCGAUCAGAACGGCUUUCAUUCUGAUCGUACUAGUCCACCACUGGAUAAUGGGCCCGAUGAAAGCCGCGCAACAAAUCACCAACGGAGUCUCUCUGGAGGCCUUCUUUCAAAGCUUUCCUUUCUGAGUACGAGCUUUGAGGAUAGUCAACCUGCAUCCGAUCAUGGCCCACUAAGUCCUGAAUCCACUCCCGGAGAUGACCAAACCUCUCCAAAAAAGGUCAGCCGAGCAAUGGCGGUUGCGGUUCAGCAGCAAAAGACAAGAAGAAGAAAAGGCUCUCUGAGAAAAGCAGCACUUCUCGGGCGAGGUGCCCAAAGAGACAAGAAAGAGAUCAAGAUUCCUCCACUCGAGACCGGGUAUCAGCCCAUGUUUAGAGGCGGCAUAGCCCUCAGUCCAACUUCACCAGAGGAAGCAACUCCAGCUACCAGCUUCGGCCUGGGGAUAUCUGAUACAAUGCAUCGCCCUUCCACAGACGGAUAUGGCGGUGAAACUCACGAUCCCCUUCUGUCACCCAUAAAGACACUUCCGAUGGGUACUGAGGACCACCAUAUUACGUCCCCGACUUCGGCGACGAGUCCCACUUUGACAUACACCUCGACUACUGACGAGGAUGACAUUCUCAGUAUCCCAACCCACAGUGCUCCUAAUGGUCGGGGUGGCCCCUUGAACUCUUCUGGGUCAGACUCUUAUUUCCCCAAGGGGGCUGGGUCGCUUACCCGCCGGCGCUCCUCCCAGAAAGCGAAAUCACCCCUAUCAAUCGGGGGUCUUGCUGCAAACCCUCUUCCUAUUCCUGACGAUGAGUGGGACUAUUCGGAGACCGAAUGGUGGGGAUGGGUCGUCUUGAUCGUGACAUGGCUUGUGUUCGUCACCGGAAUGGGCUCUUGCCUGGAGGUGUGGAGCUGGGCGUGGGAUGUUGGAGAAACUCCAUACGCUCCGCCUGAGCUAGAAGACGAUCCUACUCUUCCCAUCGUGGGAUACUAUCCUGCCUUGAUCAUUUUGACGGCAGUGAUGGCAUGGGUAUGGGUUGUUGUGGCAUGGGUGGGGAUGAAAUCGCCCACAUCAUCAGGAGGACAGCUCCUUGAUGACAUAGUUAUUUGUUCAGUUCCAACCCAAUCAGGCUCAAGUAGCACUAGUAUUCAAACCAACGCAGAAGUUAUGGCGUCUUCCAACGACGGUGUCCACGACGCCGCCUCCCACCGUAGUGACUCCUUGGAUAGUGAUAGUGACGAUUGCAUGACCAUUAACGGCGAGAACUGGGCGGCCACUGACGGUAAUGAGUAUAUGUCCAUGAACGUUGACGGUAACUCCGACGUUGACGAUAACUCCGACGUUGGCAGCGGUCAUGCCUCUGACAAUGCGAGCGUAGACGACCUUGACAUGGAGAGCGACAAUGCCUCUGACGAUGCCUCUGACGAUGCCUCCGACGAUGCGGCUGACCGGAGUGACGGGAGUGAUGAAGGAUCCCAGAACGAGAGCGAUGAGAAUGCGGAGGAAGAUGAUGGGUACUACUUCAAGCCUGACGAGGAGGUGGAGAACGCGAAUUCAAUUCCUAUCAGCACUCUCGUGUCUCUGCCAACUGGAACAGAUCCCACUGUUCACCCUCCUGAAUUCCUAUCUGGCUUUGACAUGCUCCCUCUGGAACUUGUGAUGGAUAUCGGAAAUGAAGUGUUCACCCUAGAACCAAAGAAAGUCCGGGCUAUAUGGGAUGGACAGCAAGCCGAAUGGACCUACCGCACAAGAUGCCCACCUAACACCAUCCCUGUUGCAGUAUUGAGCUAUCUCUCUAGACAAGCUGAUAUCCCUGCUGCUCUUAACGUCCUGGUUGACGCGCCCGCCCUAUCCGAAGCCCUACAGCCAUAUCCAUACUUCGACUACAGCCAGGACACGCUUGUGUUGGAGUACAACCAGUGUGGAAACAGCCCGGCUCAUGUGGCUGAGCACACUGUUGCAUUCUGCCGCGCAAUCAGAGCUCUAUGCAGAUCACCAGCUGCUCGACGUGGACUGAAGUUUCUCAAGAUGGUGUACUGCCCCUCCAACACUCAGGCUUGCGAGUUGGUGCAGAAGCUCGGAAACAGGCUGAGAGCCUUGGAACUUGUCACGAUGGAGAGCCACGACCAUUACUGCUCGGAGAGCGCUGCGCAUGAUAUCUGCUAUGAUUAUGAUAUGAUGAUGUUGCAAGAUGAAGUUUACAAUGAGCAAUUGGAGGGCUAUCCGUUUGAGGUUGUUCUUCUCGAUUGCAACGGAGAUCGAGUUACAGCAACUUAA